UAAUUUUUUUUUUAUAGUUAUUUGUUUAUUGCUACAUAAAUUUUUUAUAUUUCAUUUUAUAAUUUUAUAUAUAUAUAAAAAUCCUUUUGUUUGUUUUAUUGUAUAGUUUUGUUUAUGUGUAAAUAAUGUUUGGAUCAAAUAAAAAAAAACAAACUGGUUCACCAACAAUACCAAAUAAUACUGGUAUGGAAGAAGAACCAAUUCCAACAGUAGAUUUCAAUCAAAUUGAUAAGUUGUUAAAUUCAGAUAUUAGGGAUGAUGACAUUCAAUUAACUGAUGCAGAUUUAGAGGAUCCAGAAUUAUUGGCACAAUUAAGUCAAAUAGAAGGUGAUGGUAUUCCAAAACCAACUCCAAAACCACUACCACACCCAGUGUCUAAAACUGUCACAGCCACCACAACUACAACUGUUAAAAAAGCAGCUGCUACACCACAGCCAAAAGUUAAAACUGAAGAGGAUGAGUUAAGGGAUUUAAUGGAUUUCGAUAACGAUACAAAUGAUAUUAAUAAAGAAGAGGAUAUUAUUGAUCAUAAAUUAAUCAAAAAUUUAGAAGAGAGACUAAUAUUUUAUAGAAAAUGGGCAGUUUAUUCAAAUCAACAAGGUGAUAGAGCAGAAUCAUUAAAAUAUAUGAAGGCUAGUAAGCUUAUAGAGAGUGCAUUAGAGAAUCUUAAAGAAGGACUUCCAGUUGAGACAUCUACUUUACCACCACAUUUACCAUUACCACCACAAUCACAAUCACAACAACCACAACCACAACAACCACAAACACCACAAAGAGUAGCAACAUCAACACCAACAUCACCAAAACCAUUACCAUCACCACCAACACCACAAAGAGUUGUAAAUAAACCACCACCAAUUCAAUCACCAAAAAUUGAAAUUUUAUCAAAAGAAACUAUCGAAGCAGAGGAAAGAAUUCAAACAUGGGAUUUAAUUGAAGAGGACUUUAGAAGAAAGCAUUAUAAUUUAACAUCAGAGGCAGUUAGAUUAAGAGAUAUCGAUAAAAUUACAGCCAUUCAUCUCUUAAAAGAAAGUAAAGGUGUUCACGCCAUUAUUGAUCAAAUUAAUAUCAAUCGUAAAUUAGGUUUGAACCCACCACCAUUCCACUUUGAUGAAAAGACUACAAGUACAGAAAUAUCAUUCCCAGAUAUUAAAGAAAAUGAAAUGGUUAUAAAGAUUUCAGAUGGUGUAGAUUUAAGCAAGGCUCUCCACGGUGAUUUUACAAUUAGUGGCGAAAUUCCAUAUCCAUCACCUGAAACACCAACUAAAUUCCAAAGCAAUUCAAUUGGUUUAAAUGAUCCAAAUUUUUCCUAUACAAGCAAAGUUCAAAUCGAAAGAAAGAAGACACUUCAACGUUGCUUAGAAAAGAAAAAAAUGACAUUGGUUUUCUACUCAACCAAAAUGUUUUUCAUGAAGUCUGUAGUUGGCAAAUGCGAAGUUAGAAUGGCCGAUCUUUUAACAAAAUGCGAGUUUAAUGAAAAGGUCCCAAUCUUAAAAGAUGGUUCAAAGAAAGAAACAGGAUCAUUUAUUAAUGUAAAUAUUAGAAUGAGAACUCCAUUGCUCCAAAAAGAAAUGAAAGUUGUUAAAGAAAGGGUUUUGGUUUUAGAUUCACCAAUUACAAUUGAUAAAUCACCACAACCAUCACAACCACAACCACAACCACCACAACCACAACAAACACAAGAGCAGCAACAACCACAACAAACCACAACCAUUACCACUAAAAGUUCUGAAACCAUUACUACUAAACCAGAUAACCCAACAACCUCAACUACCACAUCACCAACUGUAACCACUACAACAGUUACUGCUCCAUCUCAAGAAAAGCCUGCAGAGAAACCAUCAGACAAGCCAGCAGAGAAAUCAACAGCAAAUGAUAAUGAUAAAACAGACGAUGAAGAGGUUGAUGAUUUAGAUAAAGUAGUAUCGAAUGACGUUUUGGAAAUGAUUUUAGAGACAACAAAACAACAACUAGCUUCUCAAGGACCUAAGCAAGAUUUAUUAGAUAGAAAACAGGCUGUAGAACUUAAACUAAUGAUAUUAGAAACUAAUGUUUCUGCAGGUAUUUUAACAAUGGAUGCAUAUAUGGAACAACUUCAAAAGGCAACAGCAAACGAUAUUAAAUUAGCCAUAGAACUCAAAAAGAAAGGUAGACAAGACUUGGCUGUUAAAUUAAUGCAAAGAGUAUCUAUUAUGAAAAAGGAAAUGGAGGGAGGUGAUGAAUAAUAAAUG